AUGUCGUCGUCGCAGACCAUGACAGCGCCAGCGGUGGGCCAUCGACCGCCUGAUGCGGCUCCAGAUAUGUCGGCUUUGUACGACUAUGGCCGCCCUCAUCACCACCAGCAGGACUCCGAUCAUCCCCAGCAGCAGCAACAGCAACAGCAACAGCAACAACCACCGACCCAGCGAGACAGCGAUUCUUUCUCUCCGCGCAGCGACUCCGCCCUUCGCGCCCUACAUGAACCGACUCUUGACUGUCCCAGCAGUUCUACCCACGAUUUACCUUCCCUCUCCGGCAUGAUUGGCGUCAAAUCGGAGCCAAGUGAUGCAGGGAACAACUUCGCCGUUUCCCAGCCGGAUUAUCAGAACGAUCUCCGCCGCCAGUCCGCCGCCAGCGCCCUCCUGGCUCAACUCCUCGGCAACCAAUCCUCUGCGACAUCCGCCGGCCUGGAAACACAAUCUGCAGAACACGCAUCCUCAACGAAUAACACUUCCAACCCGACCGAUUAUGCUCAUAUUGACCAUCCCGAUCGAGAAACAGCCGGAAAAGGGACAAUAGACAAAUCUGCGGAGACUUCUGCGCUCACACAGCCGGUCGCCGACCACGAAUUACCACCCAUCUCGAGCGAACUUCCAGAUUCGCAGCAUCGAGAAGAGAAAAAAUCCGAUCAGCUGCCCGUCGACCUGUCCGUUUCGGCUUCGGGGGGAAAUUAUACAGCCGAUGCAGUAGUGAUCAAGACCCCAGAUCCUGCAGAGGGCUUGACGGAUCCAUUGAUGUUCUCCAAAUCGGGCCUAGACCACCCCGACCUUUUCACGCCUUUCGACCUCACUACCAACGGAAAGAAUCCCUUUGAUGCUUUGCAACAGAAUGAGAUGCUUACCGCAACGUAUCUAUCGCAGUCCGCCGACCUCUCCGCCCUUGGCUAUUCCGCCGGCCAUCUGCAGGAUGGAACAGGCUCGAUCGACGGGUCGGAGCCGCGAAUCCAGGCAUUCGCCAAGUUGGAAUUUGACGACGGACAUUUCUACUGCAACACAUACUCCUUUAUUCUUGGUCGAGAUGUACGGGCGGCACGGGCGGCGCAUCAGCGAGAGUUUCAAGCCAGGCAAGCGAUCAGGACAUCACGACCUAAAAGUUCGAGCGGUGGCAACGCAUCGCACACGCCGGUGCGAGUAAAACAUGAGGGCAGCGGUAUGAUAGGCAGCGUCGUGAGCGACCGGGGUGGAAUCAUGGGCUUUGAUCCUGACAUCCCGGCUCAUCUGCCCAAGCGUUUGAGCCGGAGAUCCUCGCACUCAUCCGAACAGGGCGCACCGCUGCACGCUACGCCGGCUCAACUUCAAUCAACAACCGAUUACAAUGCGCUUGCGAUGCAAUCGUUACACGAGACAGGCGGAGACGCGAAGCCUGUCGAUGCCCUCGCCUUACUACCGUCGCCCGAUGCCUGUCCGACCAUUCCUAUCCACCCUCCUGCCACGGUCGACGGUAGCGCCGCAGGACAUCGAGGUAUUUCACGCAAGCACGUCAAGAUUGCCUACAAUUUCGAUAAGAAUCUCUUUGAGAUGGAAGUGAUGGGCAGGAACGGUGCCUUCAUCGGUGCUGACUGGUUAUCGCCGGGCCAGGUCCGACCGUUACAUAGUGGGGAUUAUCUCCAGAUCGGCGGAGUACGGAUACGCUUCCUGCUUCCCGACGUACCAAUUGGGGAAACCGGGGCAGAAAGGGCCGACGAGCCUUCGGUCGAGGAGGACGGAACCGUCAAGGUCUCCGAUGAUGUAGAGGACUCCGAAAAGCGAGACAGUGAGGGUGCUGAUAACAAGGAUGGGGUCAAGCCGACCAAGAUCAUCCUGAAGACCAAGGAAGCGGAUUCUGCACGACCCGUGCCAUCGAUAGAGGGCUCCGGGGACGGCUCUCAGCCUCCUGCCCGCCGUCGGGGCCCAGGCCGACCUCCCAAGGACGGUAUCAUGUCCAAGCGCGAACGAGCAGAGUUGGCAAGGGAACAGAAACUGGCUGCCCGGCGCGAGGCCAACGGAGGUAUCACUCCUCCGCCGCCCGGCCGUCCCAAGGCCGGGAAGACGAUAAGCACAGGUGUCCCGGGUGCAAUGGCCGCGACGCCGACCGCUGUCGGCGAGAGCGAGUCUCCUGGAUCGAAGCCGGAAAAGCGCAAAUACACCAAGCGGAAGAAGCCCGAUGGGACCCCCAUGGAUUUCCCUUUGCCGUCGACGGAGGCUGGACCUUUCGCUAUGGAGCAGCGUCCGGAAGAAUUCAUCAAGGCGCCCCCGGUCAAGAAACGCAAGCCAUCACGUUCGCCUUCGCCCAACUAUCCCCCCGAAUCCGCCUACACACCGGAGGACCUGGCCAAGCCGCCAUACAAUUAUGCGGUCCUGAUCUUUGACGCCCUCACGGAAGCAGGCACGCCCAUGACACUGAAGCAAAUCUACCGUGCCCUGAAGUUGAAAUAUCCCUAUUUCCGCUUCAAGUGCGAAACCGAAGGGUGGACGUCCAGUGUACGGCACAACCUCAAUGGCAAUAGCCAUCUCUUCAUGCACGCCGAACGAGACGGCAAAGGAUGGUCCUGGCAACUUCGGCCGGGCGCUUCCGUUGAGAAGGAGAAGAAGAGACGCCCGUCGCCUCCGCCGCCAUCGCAGCCCCCAUCCAUACCUGCUACGACGCCGCAGUAUAUGCCUCCGUUAAACUCGCCGUAUCCAAACCCACAGAAUGGACACGCGAAUAUGGCCAACCAGCAUUUCCAAUUUCCUACCAUGCCUUCGAACUCUUACGCCGCUCCCGCCCCGCCUCCUGUUCCUACUGCGGUCACUCCCGCUGCUCCUCCCCCUCGUCACCAAGAUUCGUAUCCUCCUCUUCCUCCUCAACAACCUCCCUCGUCCGUGGCUCCUGUGCCUUCUCCUUUUCCGAUACCCGGCCCGCUACGGAACAAUCUUCCGCCCGCCUUUGCACAGAACACACCCUCUACAUAUACCUCUCCCUAUGCUUCCAGCCCUGCACCGCACCUGGCUCAAUUCCCGCAGUCGCAGCAACCGCCGGGGAUGCACUCGCAACCGCAGCAUCACUCACCAUAUCCUCCUCAUAAUCCUUCCGCACAGCCACAGCAGCAACAACAGCCGCAACAACAGCAGCAGCAGCAGCAGCAGCAGCCGCAGCAACAGCAGCACAUGCCGCCCCCGCCUCCCGUCAACUCGCAACACCAACAGCAGUAUCCUCCGCCAAACCAGGGACCUCCAUUGCAGCAUCCUCAGCAGCAACAGCAGGCUCACUACAAUGUUGCGCCAAUGAACAAUGGCCCCAUGCCGAUGAACGAUCCGGAGUCGGUGUCGUUUGAGGAGCGGGCGAGCAAGGCGAUUGACGACUUCGAGGCCGUUCUCCUGGAGGAUUAUGAAGACAAGAACCAUAUCAAGGAGGUACUCAAGAGCGCCCGAGCGCGUGCUCUGGGCCAUGCGACGGAGAGCUCAUUCCCUGGAGGAGAGCCCAAGGACGAGGCGGUCAUUCUGGACGCACUCCGAACGCUGAUCGGAGGCUUGCGGGAGGAGUAA